AUGGCACGUCCGCUCCUCCGUCCACUGCGCUCCUGUCGCAAUUCGAGCCUACACUCUUUCUGCCGCUCCCCUCGCAUAUCACUAAUCCCGGCGAAAUCCGCCGUCCCCAACCAACUCCGCCAACCAUCUCGCGAUCUCCCGAGCCACCAACACCGCCUCUAUCACUCCCAGCACCACCCCGAACCCCCACCACACGAAUAUACAAACUCUCAAACAACGAUUCUCACCGCAGCCCUGAGGCAUGUCCCCACGCACGGCUUUACGCGAGACGCUCUCACCCUCGGUGCCCGAGACACAGGCUUCCUAGAUGUCUCCAUUCAGCUCCUCCCACGCGGCGAAUUCGACCUCAUCCUCUUCUGGCUCGCGAGUCGCCGCGGUCUCCUCCGCGCAGCGGUCGAGCAGAAUGGUCUUUUGAAGUCUACAGACUCCAACUUGGUCUCCGUUGAGGAGAAGACUCGAAAGUUGAUUAUGGAACGUUUAAGAAUGAACACCGAGAUCAAGCAUCAGUGGCAGGACGCCCUGGCGCUCAUGUCCCUUCCAUCGCACAUCCCCCUCUCCCUUUCCGAACUCCACGCCCUUUCCUCCGACAUCCUCCACCUGGCGGGCGAUACCUCCGUCGACGCAUCCUGGUACACGAAGCGUCUCUCUGUUUCUGCAAUCUAUGCCUCUUCCGAGGUAGUCAUGACUCGAGACUCGAGCCCCGAUCUCGCGGCCACAGAGGCCUUUGUCACGCGGCGGAUUGAGGAUAGCAAGGCGAUCGGUGAUAAGCUUACUGGGGCGAAGCAGUGUUUGGGAUUUAUGGGGUCCACGGCGGUUGGACUGGGGAGGAGUUGGGGGUUGAAGAUUUGA